AUGUCGUUUGCAGAGCGACAAAAGCAUCUUCUACAGACAGGCGAAUUUUCCGACUUUAUCCUGACUGUCGAUGGAAGAGAUUUCAAGAUUCAUCGCAGCAUCGUCUGUCCCCAGUCAACUGUGUUGCACCGUCUAUGUGCUGGCAAUUUCAAGGAAGCACUCGAAGGUCGCGGGGCGCUCCCGGAAGCAAGUGCCGACAUUUUCGAGAAAGUCCUAGAAUUCCUCUACACUGGAGAAUAUGACCAUUCGACGAACGAAGCCGAAAUUGCAGCCGGCGACGACACUCAUAGUGUUAGCAAUCAAACUGCGCCAGAGAGUGUCGAAGACGAGGAAGCAUCCCUCCGCCAGCAGUCGAAGCAGCUCAUGGAACAUACUGAGGUUUAUCUGCUGGCCAAGUACUUAGACAUUAGCGAGCUUAUGCGACAUGCGACAAGCAGGUUCACAGGCGUUGUCAAGAAAAAUUUCAGAGCCGACGCUUUUGUCGGGCCAUUUUCUCGAGUUUUCAACCAUGGUGAUGACGGUGGCAGUGGACUAAGAGCCCAAAUCCUUGAGCUCUGUCUGGAAAACUCUGAGCAUCUCCUGCCAGACGCGAAGUUGACCAUACUGCUCCUACAGCACGAACCCAUUGCCUGGAAGAUGUUAUUACGGCAGGCUCACGAACACGCAUGCCGAGUUGAAGAGCUCACCAGAACGCAGCUAGGCCUUGAGGAGACUCUACAAACUUCGCAGUACACUGUUCAGCUUCUGAGGCAGAGUGUUGAAGAAAUGACAACAGACAGAGAUCGCAUGCUCACGUUGCUCAAGAAAUAUGACAGAUGUCGAAAUUGCGAAAAGGACUUUGGCUCAUACGUGGACAAGCACGAGCGUGGGAUCAUGCGGUGCAAGAGUUGUAAAUGCAAGCAUUUACCCUAA